CGUCAUCAGAUCGCGCCGACAGAGCGCGUAGUGGGUUGUGCGAUGGACUCCCAGAGAAGAGUGCUGGACUGUUGCACGUAGAGAGACGUUUUAAUUACGCGAGCGAGUCCAGCCGUGCUCAGACAUGGCGAGUUGGACCCCCGAGGUGAUGGCUGCCUGGAGCACGCUGAGUUCGGGACUGGUGCCAGUUUCGGCACACUGGAAGAUGGACCAGAAGGUGCUGGAUGCUCCGGUCACACGUGACGCCAUGCUGCAUGCGCUGGAGGUGUUGAAAGAUGGUGGAGCGGCGGGCAUUCUGGAAGACUGGUUUAUUGAGGUGCUGCAAGUGGACCUUCAGCGCAACAUUUCUCCCGAGUUCUGGAGCAGCCUGGAGCAGCCAGAGAAUGGGCUUAGUGAAAAACAGAGGGCAGGGCUGCUUCUGGGAGCCUUCCAGACCCUAAAAGCACGACUAGAGCCCUAUUUGCAAGGCCUGGCACUUCUAGUUGUCUGGAAAGGAGCGGAGGGCAGCUUCUUCAAGGAAAGAGUAUUCACCUUGCUGCGAGCAAUCCUCUUCUUCUUACCAAGCCAGGCCUUCAAGGACAGUGUCCAGGAGUUCUACAGCUGCACUUUCCGAGUAUACAUGUGGCUGUACUGCCAGGAGAAACCAUGGGGAAAGAAGGAGGACAGUCUCAUGAAAGGGGCACAAGACAGCACUUUGGCCGGUGAAGAGGCAAGUGAAGAAGAGGAGGAAGCGGUGGCACGAGUGGAGGAAGAGGCAGAAGAAGUGGCACGAGGGAAGAACACAGGAGCUCCUGGGCCGGACGACUGUCCCGGUUGCAGUGUACACAAGGAACAGUGCUGGUGUCAUGAGGCCAUGGAGCAGCAAGCCGAGCUCAGCCAGAUCCUCCACAAUCUGCAGCUGGUAGAGCGGGUGUGUUCAGAUGCUGUCACUACCGUCCUGUACAAGAUGAUGGAGCAGCGGAUGGAGAAGACUUGCCGCGGGGAGUUCGACCGUCCAUUCCUCAGUGAAUUCCAUGAGUGGCUGACCAAAGUGAUAAACUGGCUGAGCAAAGUGUUCUUGAGUCCAGCAGAGGCAGGAAGCCCCUUGCUCAGUGAAAAUGCAACUCUGAAACACUGGGGGUACCACGUGCACUAUUUCUUUUAUCGCAUUUUUGUCAGCAUGCGUAUUGGAGAGCUCUUCAGCAUCAUCCGAGAUUUUCCAGAAUCCAAGCCUGCCGUUGAGGAGCUGAAGUUCUGCCUUGAACAAACCAAUCAGAGGCCACAGUUGCUAACCUCUCUUAAAGCUGAGCUGGAGACGCGGCUGCUUCACCCAGGAGUCUUGACUUCGGAUAUCAUCACCCUCUACAUAUCGGCAAUCAUGGCCCUGAGAGAACUUGACCCAUCUAUGGUCAUCCUGCAAGUGGCUUGUGAGCCAAUUCGCAAAUACCUGAGGACCAGGGAGGACACUGUGCGGCAGAUUGUAGCAGGCCUUACUGGGGAUGCAGAGAGCUCCAGUGAUCUGGCCAAUGAGCUGUCCAAAGCAGACCCCGUCACCCUGGAGCACAGUCAGGACAGUGAUGAAGAGGUUGACUCGCCUGAGAAAUGGCAGCCAGACCCCAUAGAUGCCCAGACGGAUAAGUCGGGCUCCAAACGACGUUCGUCUGAUAUCAUCAGCUUACUGGUCAGCAUCUACGGCAGCAAGGACCUCUUCAUCGAUGAGUACCAGACUAUGCUGGCAGACCGGCUUAUCCACCAGUUCAAUUACUGCACGGCCAGGGAGAUUCGGAAUGUGGAGCUUCUCAAAUUGCGCUUUGGAGAAUCUUACAUGCACUUCUGUGAAGUUAUGCUGAAGGAUGUCGUGGACUCUCGGCGUAUCAACACAAACAUCCACGACGAGGAAGCAAAACUGCCUGAGGACCUACAGCCAAAAUUUCCCUUGAACGGUAUGAUUCUUUCCAGCGAGUUCUGGCCAACCCUAAAGGAGGAGAAGCUGGAGCUUCCGCCGGCCAUCAGAGAGGUGAUGGAUGCCUACACAAAGCGAUACGAGAAGCUGAAGGCCAUGCGCACACUCAGCUGGAAGCCUCACCUGGGCUCGGUCACCUUGGACCUUGAGUUAGCUGACCGCACGCUGUCCAACCUGUCCGUCUCUCCCAUGCAUGCGGCAAUCAUUCUUCACUUCCAGGACAAGAAUACAUGGACACUAGAGGAGCUCAGUGAUGCCCUCAAGGUGCCAAGUACGAUGCUCCGCAGAAAGAUGGCAUUUUGGCAACAGCAAGGUGUGCUGCGAGAAGAGUCCCCAGGCGUCUACAUGGUCAUCGAGGAGAUGCAGUGCGAGAAGACAGAAAAGAAUGUGGUGCUUCUGGACAGUGACGAGGAAGGUGAAUCCAACAUGGCCACCCAGUCGGAGCAGAGGGAAGAAAAACUUCAGUUGUUUUGGGCCUACAUCCAGGCCAUGCUGACCAACCUGGAGACCAUGACCCUGGAGCGGAUUCACACCAUGCUCAAGAUGUUUGUCACCAUGGGCCCCACCGUCACAGAGAUGGACAUCCAGGAGCUGCAAAGCUUCUUGCAAAAAAAAGUGAGAAACCACGAGUUGCUGUGCUCCGGUGGCACAUACCGCCUUCCCAAAUCGCCCAACUGACCUCGUCUGGAGAGAGAGAAGGAGAGGCAUUAUGUGAAGGCAGGUUGGCUUUGGGGGUCUUAACUGGUGAGAAAAUAGAAGGUUUAUGUACAAUGUUGUGGGACGGAGGGGUUUACUGAGGUCUGAGGGGCCUGUCAGUAUGAGGGUGGGUUCUCGUUUCCUCUGAUUUUUGUAAUAAAUUUAAAAAGCUAUCAACCUC